GGGAAGGACUAUGUUAAAUGGGCUGCCAAUAUGGCCCUUGGGCUUGGUGCUGGAGUUCCAUGGGUGAUGUGCAAGCAAACUGAUGCUCCGGAAAAUAUCAUAGAUGCCUGUAAUGGAUACUAUUGUGAUGGUUUCAAGCCAAACUCGAAUAACAAACCAAUACUUUGGACAGAGAAUUGGGAUGGAUGGUAUACGACAUGGGGUGGAAGAUUGCCUCAUAGGCCUGCUGAAGAUCUUGCUUUUGCAGUUUCACGCUUUUAUCAACGCGGAGGGAGCUUUAUGAAUUACUAUAUGUAUUUUGGUGGAACAAACUUUGGUCGGACUUCUGGUGGCCCAUUCUAUGUUACGAGUUACGAUUAUGAUGCUCCACUUGAUGAAUAUGGUCUUUUGAGUCAGCCUAAAUGGGGACAUUUGAAGGAUCUUCAUGCUGCUAUAAAGCUUUGUGAACCUGCUCUAGUUGCUGCUGAUUCAGCUCAGUAUAUAAAAUUGGGACCAAAGCAAGAGGUUUAUACUAAGCCUCAAGUUAUUUAUGGUGCUCGAUUAAAUUAA